GUGACAUGUGCUUGCUUUUGAGAAAACCAGUAGUCUUCAGAUUAGGACUAGGGAUAAUUACCGUGUUUAUUUUGUGUUUGCCUGAAUUUUUCAAAAUCCAUGAAGCUAACACUGUAAUGGUGUCCUGCAGGGAUACCUGUUCAUCAAGUAACACCACUUUUCCACUUUGUACUUUUGACAAUUCUUACAAAAGAUCAGUGCAACAAAGAAGAGAAACCCAGACCAUUUUGCUGAAGGUCAUUAUAAAUAAUGCAGAUUUCCAAAAUAUUCCAUGUAUUUGCCAGUCCUCCUGGAGGGAGCAACAGUCCCACCCUAAACAGAGAGCGUAUGAAACCAAGAGGGAUAUGAAUGUUGAUCAUCAAGGAUCAGGGUCAAUGGCUAAAAAAACAAAAGGCGCUCUUGAAGUGAAAACAGAAAAUGCUAUUUUUUUGGAUAAAUAUAUAAAUUUCACCAUGGUUUCCAAGAAAGAAGCGGAGCAUAAUAUGAACUACCUGGUGGAAAUCCACAUCAACAAUUCUAUAGUCGGAGGACAAAACACAACCAACGAACAACUAAAUCAUUCUUGUCUCUUGGCAAUGAUGGAAGACCAAAAUGACUGUAUAAAUAUUUCACUGCAACUGAAGUCUUAUAUGGAAUAUCCAAUGUGUAUGACAAAGAUCAUUUGGCUCACUCUGAUUCCAGUAGUUUUUGUGUUUACUAUUUCAAUCGUCAUCUACAAAAUAGUCCAAGAAAAUAAACGGAACUCAGAUUAUAAACAAAGAGUAGCAACAUCAGUUUCUACUGUUCUAAGAAGAAAGAGUUCCAGACAUGGAAGAAGAACUGUAUCUGCUACUAAAAUUCAUCCUUUUCCUGUAGUGAAAACCAGCAAACAACAGGUUCCACUUCCUGCACAGACCACAAAGAUACUGCCUGUAAUUCCUGAACAAGAGCACUGUCAUGUGGAUCAACUCUAGAAGUUUCAGGUAUCACCCUAUGAAAUACCAGCACUUCUGGAUGAAAGAAGAUACAUCAUACACCAUAGAAGAAAGCAUCCCCAUUUCCAGCUUGGGGGGCUAUGUUAUCCAUCUUUUAAUGGGAAAUGACAAUUAUGCAUUUUAGUUGACAAGUUCCAUUGUUUCCAUCAUAAUUACUUUGUAUUAAGAAAAUAUCAAUGAUGAACAUGCAUGUUUUGCUGCAUAAACAACUGUGAUAGCAGACUAGAUUUCACAUCUAUUUUCUGUUCAUUCAGGAUUCAUACUUAGUUAUAUGGUUGUGAGGUAAUCCUUGUGAUUAUUACAUAUUUUUAUCAGGGCAGAAAUUUAUUUUAUAUAUUCCAUAGGAUAAGAAGUCUGUAUAAAGGUAGGAAUUAUCCUCUACUUUCAUGAAAUGAGCACAAUUUUCAAACUACUUAAUGCAAUAGAUGACUAAGAUGCCUAAAAGAUACAGUUUCCGGCUGUUGAGAAGGGUGGCCAAAGUAUUAUAGAAGGAAAGAAUUCUGUAGCAUGUUAGUUUCUGCAGUAAACC